AUGGUUCGACCGCAGAGAAUAGCAUCGCCAGUUGAGUCUCGUUUGAGAGGCCACCCGGUUCCCCUCUGCUUCGACCUCUCCAUCUCCGACGGCCUCCACGCCUGGACCCUCAACGUUGCUGAGGACGAGGUUAGGGAGAGAGCCUCUCAGUGGGACCAACCCGCCUCCGAAUUCAUCGAGUUGGCCGAGAGGCACCUAGGGUUUCAACAGCCGGGAUCGGUUUAUGGAUUUACGGAUGCCGGAAACGGGCACAGAAGCUUGUCAUGGUCAUUUGAGAAGGAAGGGACUAAGCUAGAAUGGCGAUGGAAAUGUAAGCCUUCACCCAAUGAUAAGGAAACUACAGCGGGAAUCUUGGACUUUGUCAUGGACGCAAACGUGCGACUAAGUGAUGAAGUUGUAUGGAAAACACAAUCAUUCAACAAGCCAAGAGUAGAAGCUGAGAAGUGUUUAGCACAAAGUGAGAGAUUCAGCAAUGAGAAGACAGAGUUUGAAGAUGCAAUCUAUGCGAAGAUAAAGAGAGAACAUUCCAGAGAAUUGAAUCCAUAUUUGAAGAAUAAUGGAUCUGGUUAUCCAGAAGUUGAAGACGGGAAAAAGGCUAGGGUGUCGUCUUCUGUUGUUGGAGACGGGGGUGCCAGCUGGAGAUUAAAAGCCUUGAAGCGUGCUCAAGAGCAGGCAGCCCGCGAAGGACAGAAUUUGAAGGAGGUUGUGGAAGAGCGGUGGGGAUCAGUGGGUCAGCUAGCGGUUUCUGUGGCAUCUUGUAAAGCUGCUUCAUCUCAUGCUCACCUCCAUGCCAUACACAAUAGAAAGAGGGGCUUACCAGGGGAACACCAAACAGUUGUGGAUGAUCACAAUGAAAAGAUACCUGGCAAGAAUACUGACCGAGAAAGCAUGCGGGAUGUGUCUUGCCAACGUUCGGAGAUGAAAGUGCCUAAACUUUUUGAUUCUUUAUCUUGGGGCAAGCAGAAAAGGCAAACUAUGUCCUCUAAGGAUUCCGGCCUUAUCUCUAGUACAUUGUCAAGCUUAAAUAGGUUUGCAAAUGAUGGAAGCUUUAUGCAUGAAGUUACUUGUCAGAAGGAUGAUGAACCUGGUGGUUCUGUUGGCUCUCCGAACAGAGAGAGAAAGGUAGAGUCAGAGUCGGUACCUAGUGCAUCUUUUACAGUUGUUAAUGAGGGAUUGAGUGCAAACCAAUUGGCUGCAAAAGCUUUGCAACUUCGUUUGAAAGGAAAGCAUGAAGAAGCUGAAAAACUUAUGAAAGAAGCAGAAAAUGUUAAAGCAAAGCACGUUGCUGAGGAUGAAUCCAGUAGGCCACCAAGUGAGAGAAACACAAGAAGAUAUACAAUGCAUGACACAUCUAUUCGGCAAAGGAAGAAAGAGGAUGAUGCCGACAUGCAUCUUGCCCAAAAGAUUGUACAAAACAAGAAGUUUAGUACAUCUGCUCAAGCAGAUGAUGAAUAUGAUUUUGAUGAUGGUCCAAGGAGAAAGGCGAAGAAAAAAGGGGGCACCGAUCAGAAGUUAAAUGAGAAGACUAAUUUUUCAACGCGCAUCUUAACUCAACAAGAGCGUUGCAAAUUCUGCUUUGAGAACCCCAACAGGCCAAGACAUCUUGUGGUUGCUAUAGCCAAUUUCACCUACCUCAAUUUACCACACUUGCAGUCUGUUGCAGCGGGUCAUUGCUGCAUUUUAACAUUGCAGCAUGAAUCAGCUACAAGGGCUGUGGACGAUAAUGUGUGGGACGAAAUUCGCAACUUCAAGAAAUGCCUUAUCAUGAUGUUUGCAAAGCAAGAAAAGGAUGUUGUGUUCCUUGAAACAGUCAUGGGGUUGGCCCAGCAAAGGCGCCAUUGUUUGGUUGAGUGCAUUCCCUUGCCCCAGGACAUUGCAAAACAGGCACCUCUCUAUUUCAAAAAGGCAAUUGAUGAAGCUGAAGAUGAAUGGAGCCAGCACAAUUCGAAGAAGCUCAUUGAUACAAGUCUACACGGGUUGCGUGGUUCUGUUCCCAAGGAUUUUCCGUACUUCCAUGUCGAAUUUGGAUUAAACAAGGGGUUUGUCCACGUGAUUGACGAUGAGCAGCAGUUCGAAGCCAACUUCGGACUCAAUGUUAUAAGGGGCAUGCUGAAGUUGCCGGAAGAGGACAUUUAUGGUCGUAGGAAGCAUGAUUCACAGGAGACACAGAAGCAAGCUGUUUCGAGUUUUGCCCGAGAUUGGGCGCCUUUUGAUUGGACGAAACAGCUCGAGUGAACACCUGGAUUUCACAACUAACUCACGUGAAUUUCACGAUAUCGUUAGUUUACAGUCCCUGCAAUUAUUUAACCAAGUGAUCAUUAGUAAUCAGAUAGUACAGCGUACGUGCAUGUGUUUAUUACUACUACUUUAUUGCUAUAUAUUACAAAGACGAGUACGUUCCACUCCA